AAGAAUAAUUAUACUACGCUCAAUAUGGAUAUAGAUGAGUUGUGCCGACACCCUGAAUACAGGAACUAUAUCUGUUGUUCUCACGGACUUGCAUAUGCUGGAAUUAAACUUGAAGCUUACACGAGGAAUGGUCUAAAAUCAAUACAUAGAACGGCGUAUAGUAAGCUAGCUGGCAAACAACCUUGUACCCAGAGAUGCAGUGAGGUUUAUCCACGACAAAUAUCGAGUUGGUGUGAAACGUGCCGUGUAUGGCGAAAAUACCUGUGCGAUGCCAGUAACCUGCAAAAUAUUUACUUCGAAAAGAUGAUGUCGUGGAACUGGCCAACUUCAUAUGAAAGUAUUACACCAUAUUUCUUGCCACAAUCAUGGGCAAAUCAAGAUUUUCAAGACAUUUCGACAUCGUGUCAUAUUUGGGACAAUUGCAAAAACAUAUUCAUGAUUCGUCAGCAUGUCUUACACAAUUUAAGAGAAUGUAGAAAUACCUUUAUCGCACAUAAUCCAAGAUUAAGGGUUACAGAUUUGGAGAAGGCGAAAGUGUUUGAUGCACUGAAAGACCUUUUUAAAGAUGCAGAUGUUAUGUUGCACAUUGAUGCCCAAGAUUGUUUGUCUGAGCUUGACAGAAUCGAAAAAGGUGAUAUGUUGUCAAACUCACUUAAAAGCAUUUUUGAAGCUUUAAGUAAACAUUCUGACAACAUUGUACAUUUACAGAACAUAGCUGAUAGAUUGAUGGAAUCUCAAAACGAUCUGCAUAGUGCAGUCGAAAUAGAAAAUGAGCGUCAUGUCCAAGUCAUUGAUACAAAUGAUGAAAUAAAAGAUGAACAAUACCAGAUUCAAGCAAGUGUCAGGGGUUUAGAAGAAAAACAAAAUGAAAUGGAAAGAAAUUUGCGACGGUAUCACGAACGUGUGAUAAAUAUGAUAAUGAUGAAAGAAGAAAAUAUUGGAAAUAAAGAAUUAGUGCUAAACUUCUUCAUGUCACACCGAUUCCUCAUCAUAUUCAUAGCAAUAAUUGCAAUUGUUCUGUCAAUAUGUUUUAACUAUUAUGGAUAUAAGGAUUAA